GCACACCCGGAAGCUCUACCCGGGUUGCCACUCGCCGCCGCUCGGCGGGAAAAUGUGAAGGGAAAUGCCCAGAUUGAUCCCCCCAUUUGGAUUUGGGGGAAGAUUAACAGGGAGGGAGAGCAAGUGGCCGGAGGAGAGCAGGAGCGGCGAAGAUGCCUUCCGGCUAUUCGCACCCGACAAUGCCGCCAGCGCAGAUCGCGGGGGCGCUGACCCAGUACGGCGUCGCUCCCGUCGCCAACCUCCGCCCCGAGGACGUCGUCAAACCCCAGGCCGAGCUACUCCCCGCCGUCCUCUCCCGUUUCAUCGCUUCAUUUGUCGACGCCGACCUCGAUGGUGAAGACGCGCACCUAGGGUUUAAUGCGCUGGAGGCGCUCGACAACCCGGAGCACCACGCCGAGGGCAUACGGGUGCUGCGCCUCUACAAGAAGGCGCGGGCAUUCCUUGAAUCCAUCCAGUUCAAGGGCUUCACCCUCGCCGACCUCCUCCGCCCCCAUCCUGUCCGCGUCGUCAAAGUCCUCAGCGCCCUCAUCAACUUCCUCUUCUACAGGGAGGAAAAGCUCAACCUCCUGCAUCCCAUCGUCAGUGAGGCACCCGACUACCAUGAGAGCAGCAUGGAGCUCAAGGCCAGGAUCGCCCAGCUCCAGAAGGAGAUUGCGGACCAUGAGCUCACAGAGCAGAUGGAAGAGCCCAUAGUGCAGCAACUGGAAGCGGAGGUCAAUGGCUUGCAACUGAAAGCUCAGGGUUACAACAAACAGCAACAGGCCUUGCGAGCAAAAGCCAAAACCAUUAUUGACAAGAAAGAGGGGAUCCUCAGCAAGAUAACCCAAGCUGAUUUUGAGUUGACAAAACAUGCUCAAGAAAAUGAGAAGUUGUUGUCCAAAGUAGUUCAGUCCCCACAGAAGAUUCAGACGGCUCUAGAAGAGAAGAAAUCAGCGCGUAUUGAGUCGAAGAAAUCAGAGAAAAUGGCAAUGCAAAAUGUUCAAGAGAAAAGUGCCACUUUGGAGAUAUACAAUAAGGCUUUUGGAAAACUGUCGAAGCAAUUCUCUAAAAUCCAGGAUUUACAUGAACAAGUUGCUGCUGCUAAAACAGUUGAAAGGGAAGUUAAAGCACUCAAAGCCAAGCUUAAUGAUGAAAGUGUCUCAAUUAUGUCCCUUGAUGGAAAGAUUGUUGAAUGGCAAGGAAGAGUACAUGAAGCCGAGGAGUGCCUCAAGGACAAAGUGAAUGAAAAUAAUCAAAUAAUUGCGGAUGAAAAUCAGAAGGUGAGUUCUUUGAGGUCCGAAAUUGAAUGUAAACUGCGGUGCCUUGAACCUAGAGAAAAGGAAGUAGAGGCAAAGGUCACGAAGGCUUCUAGUUUAUGUGUGGAAGCUGAUUCAGCAAGGACUGCUGCCACAGCAGAACAACGGAAAAUACGCAAAAAGUUUGAUAAUAUUCUGCAAGCGUUUAACUACUACAUGGAUACUCUCAACCCUUUCCUGGAACGUGUUGAAGAGGUGGGUAGAGAAACUUCGCAGAGGUUAGAUUGCUCAGCUUUUGAGGCUGGUUUGGUUGCAACGAAAACAACACCCAGAGCCAGUGCAUCAAGAAAGAAGUCAAAGAUUCGGAUAAGGACAUGA